AUGGGUGUCUCUCUGUCCACAGCGCGCUACAUUGCGCCUCUCAGCUUCAUCGUCGACUUCGCAGCCCAGCAGUACGGCAUGCUCAGCAGCCCCAACAUGAAGGACAUCCACGACGCGAACCUCUCCUUCUUCUCCCCGCAGCCCUACUUCAUCGCCGGCUUCUUCUUCCCGCAGCAGCUGUUCCAGCUCGCCUGGCUGUGGCGCCUCUGGCGCUCCACCCCGCAGUCCGCCCUCGAGGACGGCGCAACCAGCACGGUGGUCGACUUCAGCCCCUUCUACGUCGUGGGGAACCUCUGCAUCGCCACCUGGAUGAUCUUCUGGAACGCGUCCGAGCUGCGCCUGAGCAACGUCUUCGUCGUCAUCAACUCCCUGGCCCAGCUGUACUACGUCUUCGCGCGGCUCCCGCCCAUGGACCUCAGCUCGACCAACUCGGUCCUGACGCACGUCGUGAGCAAGACCUUUGCGGGCAUCGGCGUGCUGGACCUGCUCCACAACGGCUCGGUGGCGUACUUUGUCAACCAGCAGCCCUCGAACACGGUCAAGCUGCUUACUGCCGUUGGCUUUGGCGGCCUGGCUGUGUGCAGCGACUGGAUCUUUGGAGGCUGUCUGGUGUACGAUCUGGUGGCGCUGGCCGUAGGACAGCGGGCCUAUGGAAACCAUGGCUGGAGUAACUUGCUGGGGCUGUAUGCAGUGGGAGCUGCUGGGAUUGUCGUCGCUAGGAACAUUGCGAGGUAA